UAUGUGACCAUGAAACAGCGAGAGGAUGAGAUCAUUGUCUUAUCCAGAAAAAUAAAGAUUUAAAGAUCAGAAGCAAUAAGAUGAUGGGGCCUCACGAACCAUUCACAGACACUCACAUACUUCAAAUAAGACCUGUUCUUCAGUUUGCUGAGAGAGUGAACUAACAAUUAUGGCGAAGAUGAUGAUGAUGCAACAGAGCCAGCCUUCUUUAUCUCUCCUUACUUCUUCUGUCUCUGACUUUAAUGGCGCUAAGCUCCACUUACAAGUCCAGUACAAGAGGAAGGUUCAACAGCCAAAAGGAGCACUCUAUGUAUCAGCCUCCAGCGAAAAGAAGAUUCUUAUAAUGGGUGGCACUCGAUUCAUCGGUAUCUUCUUGUCCAGGCUCCUUGUCAAAGAAGGACAUCAGGUUACAUUGUUCACAAGAGGUAAAUCUCCUAUUGCCAAACAACUCCCUGGCGAAUCUGACCAAGACUUUGCUGACUUUUCUUCCAAGAUUCUUCACUUGAAAGGAGACAGAAAGGACUAUGACUUUGUGAAGUCAAGUCUUUCAGCUGAAGGCUUUGAUGUUGUUUAUGAUAUCAACGGGAGGGAGGCUGAAGAAGUUGAGCCCAUAUUAGAUGCACUUCCUAAACUAGAACAGUACAUCUACUGUUCUUCAGCUGGUGUUUACUUGAAAUCUGAUGUCUUGCCACACUGUGAGGUGGAUGCAGUUGACCCAAAGAGCAGGCACAAGGGGAAGCUGGAGACUGAGAGCUUACUGCAAUCAAAAGGUGUAAACUGGACUUCCAUACGCCCUGUCUACAUCUACGGUCCGUUGAACUACAACCCUGUGGAAGAAUGGUUCUUCCACCGUCUCAAAGCUGGCCGCCCUAUCCCAGUUCCAAACUCUGGAAUCCAGAUCUCACAGCUCGGUCACGUUAAGGACUUGGCAACAGCCUUUCUCGCCGUGCUUGGUAACGAGAAAGCCAGCAGAGAGAUAUUCAACAUCUCAGGAGAGAAGUACGUCACCUUUGAUGGCUUAGCAAGAGCUUGCGCAAAGGCUGGUGGGUUUCCAGAGCCAGAGAUUGUUCACUACAACCCAAAAGAGUUCGACUUUGGGAAGAAGAAAGCGUUCCCUUUCCGUGACCAGCAUUUCUUUGCCUCGGUAGAGAAAGCAAAGCAUGUGCUUGGAUGGAAACCAGAGUUCGACUUGGUGGAGGGUCUCACUGACUCAUACAACCUUGAUUUCGGUCGUGGAACUUUCAGAAAAGAGGCGGAUUUCACCACUGACGACAUGAUUCUAAGCAAGAAACUUGUUCUUCAAUAGAAACAUAUUGAUUUGUAUGGUUGUGUGAUCUCACACUGAAGAACAUUCUCAAGUUUAUUGUCGUCUCAAAUGUAUUUUGGUUUCGGAUUGUGUUCGACUUCUUCUAAGAAGAGGCGGUCUGGCUCUUGAAGUUUACUUAGUGAAGGAGAGAGAGACAUAGACCA